CUGCCGCCCGGUGGCGGCGGGGAGCCUGGCAGAGGACUCGGUGAAGGACCUUCUCCGGUUUCCUCGGGAGGCUGUCAGGCGGCGGGGGAGCCGAGCCCCCCGCGCCUCGCUGGCCGCGCCGGCUCCCUCCCCCCGCCCUCCUCCUCCUCCUCCUCUUCCUCCUCCUCGUCCUCCUCCUGCUCCUCCCGCCCUGGUGCGAAGGGCUUUCGCUGCUUUUCCCUUUCCUCCUGCCUCCCCUCGGCGGAGCGCGGUGCCGGGAGGCGCGGGCAGAGGCGCGGGGAUGGGGCGGCCGCCGGUCCCCGGCCCGCCCGCCCGCUCCCGCUGCCCGCCGCCGCCUCCCGCCGGCCGGGAAGGGGACGCGGCGGCUCUCCCCCGCCGCCCGCAUCGCCUCCUGCGCUGAAUUUCUGCCCGUCAGCCGAUCUGGGGAGAGGCAGGGAGGGGGUACGUCCCCUCGCACUUUUUUUUCUCCCCACUUUUUAUUUCUUUCCCCCGCUCCCCGGCCUCUUUUUUGCCUUUUCCCCAUCACCUCCUUUCCCCCUUCAGCCCGUUUCUCCUCCGCGGGGGCUCUUCGGCGGCCAUGCGGUCGGUCCCGGGCGAGCGGUUCUAACUCGCCCCCUCGCCCGGAUGGCUCCCCGAAGCCGCGGGCGGAUGGAGCCGAGCUACGUCGUAGGGAUCUGCUGCCUGGUGUUGCUGGAGCCGGGCCGUGUAUGGAGCGGCGAGACCAGCACCGGGGCGUCCAGUGAGAGCGGGAACAUCAGCCAAGCACCAUCGGUGGAGACCACGGCACCCGCGCCCACCGGGGCAGCACCAGCUGGGGGGGACCGCUGCCGCGGUUACUACGAUGUGAUGGGGCAGUGGGACCCACCAUUCAACUGCAACGCCGGCAUCUACCAGUACUGCUGCGGGACAUGCGGGUACCGCUUCUGCUGCCAGUUCAAGCCCGGGCGGCUGGACCAGAGCGGCUGCUCCAACUAUGACACCCCCAACUGGGUCAACACAGGUCAGCCGCCUGCCCGGGUGGACGAGACCCCUGAGGACCCCACUCGUGACAAGACCAACAUGAUCGUCUACAUCAUCUGUGGCGUGGUGGCCAUCAUGGUGCUGGUGGGCAUCUUCACCAAGCUGGGCCUGGAGAAGGCACAGGGUCCCCAGACAGAGAUGACCGUCUCCAGGACACUGACAGACCUGCUGAAAGAGCCAGGCCAUGGCCCCUCCGAGCACAUGGACGGCCUCAUGGGGGGCGUGCAGGUCCCGCUGGGUGAGGGGCUGGCCCGGGGGCCCCCCAGGAACAGCACAGACAAGCCGCCUUUGAACAAUGCAGUGGCCAUUGCCCCCCCGCUGGGGCGGCCCCACAGCCACGGCAAGCGCCUACCGCUGGGCAGCAGCCUGGGCCUGCCAGCCCCUGCCUAUGCUGCCUACGCCACCCUCAAGGCUGGAGAGAGCGCCCCUGAGGACUUCUACAGGCGAUUUGGGGGGCCGGAGACGCCAUCCACCAGCACCCUGCCCUUCCUGCCCUCCGAGGCUCCAGCCCUGCCUGAGGGCUGCCCCAAGACCAAGGGUGCCAAGGUGCCAGCCAGCCCAGCCUUCCCUGGGGGCUGGGAGGGGGGCCCCGCACGCGGCCCCCGCCGGCCCGGCCUGGCCCCUCUGCGCCUUGAGGGGCCACCUGAGCCCUUUGGCCCUGCCGCCCCAGUGUACAACCAGCCCCCCCGGCACCUCGCCACCAACAGCAAGACUGAGGUCACCGUCUGACACCACCGGGGAGCAGGGCUGACCCCCGUGCCUGGGCAUGGCUGAUGGCCUCCCCCCAGGGGUGGCCCGAUGGAGAAAAACAUCGUUAGUCCUACAUAAACUGCAACAGCUGGCCAUGUUGGGAGACACAUCAUCCUUCCUGUCCUGGGGAUGGGGCUGCCAGCUGUGCUUCACCAUGGGGGUGGCCAGUCUGUCCCUCCAGCCUGGACAAUGAGUUUCAGCCAUUCUCAGCACACCCCAGGAAGAAGCUGAGCCAAGGCCAUAUUGUGGGACUGGUGCUCUGCUCGGGGGAUGGGAGCCCAAAGCUGGACUGACUGCAGCCCCCACGGAUGGGGCAACACAUCCUACUGGGGCCGGGCACCCCCACCGUGUUCCUGUGACCAGGCACAAGAAGGGCAAAGGACUCAAAGCACCGUCCCCCUGCUGCUGACAGAGCCCGAGCAGCCUCUUUCCCUCCCCAGCCUCCCAUUCCCUACUGCCCCAUCCACCUUCUCAAUAAAUAAUACAUUAAACUGUA